AUGUCGUUUAUAGCUUCACAAGGACCAUCUUCAAUGCAAUCUCAGUCCGACAAGCCCAGCGAGACCACCGGUGAGGCGUACGAGGCCUUUUGCAAGAAGCACAAGAUCCAGCCUGAGAUCACCGACCUCGAAGAAGGAGGGCGUGCACUGUCGCUCGGCUCAGCAACUGCUGGGAAAACUGUUCUUUGGUUUCACGGUGGAGGAUACAACUUGGCCGCGACGCCUGCUCACUUUGCAUUCUUCUGGCAGGUCAUUCAGCAGGCCCAGAAGGAGGGUCAUGACUUGCGAGUGGUGUUUCUCGAAUAUGAACUGGCUCCCCAUGGCGUAUAUCCCUUGCAGCUCAAGCAGGCUGUCGCUUCCUUGAAGUAUCUUCUGAGUACCGGGACAAGGCCUUCGCUGAUCAUCAUAGGCGGUGAUUCAGCAGGAGGGAAUCUGACUGCUGGUCUCCUUGGCCACAUUUCGCACCCCAAAUCCGGCGUUCCAGAGCUCGCCCUCUCGGGAAAUUUGGGUGGCGUAUUGUUCCUUUCGCCGUGGGUGACGUUCGAGCAGAAUGCACCUGCGUUCAAGGAGAACUUUUACAAGGACGGUCUGGGACUCGAGGCUCUGAAGACGUGGAGUGACAACUUCAUGGCCGGUGCUGCGCCAGACAACUACAAUACACCGCUGGACGCCCCGGCAGAAUGGUGGAAAGGCAUCAAAGUAGACGGAGCCAAUGUUGCCGUCGUCGCCGGAGCAAAUGAGAUUCUGGUCGAUGACAUUCGUGCGUUCAAGGAUCAUAUCAAGGUCAACAAUCCUAACCUGGAGUAUUUGGAAGCUGCGGACGAGUGUCAUGAUGCUUUGGUCAUGGAUCGAGCGUUUGGUUUGUCUGCACCGUUGGCGAGUGAAGACUUUUGUAAGAAAUGGAUCCUGGCAAGGCUGUAG